AAAAAGUGCACAAAACAGAAUACCAAUCAAAAACCCAACAAAGGAUAAUCCUUAUAUAGAAGAAGUAGAAAACCUCUUAAUGCAAGAAGAAACCCAAGAUAUAAAUAUAAAUAAAAUACGCUUACAAGAACAAAAAACAGAAGAAAAUAUAUCAGAUUAUGAUAUGAAUAGCAAAACAAAUACUGUUUACACAGAAAUUUCUAUCAAAAAUAAUCUUAAUAUAAUACAAAGACCAGUAAUUAAUAAUAUAGAUUUGGAAAAUACUUAA